ACCUGACAACAAAAUAAGCAACGGUAGGGGGUUGUGAGAUAAACAGCGGCUUCCUCGAUCAAUUUUCUUGGUCCAGACUGAGUUCACGACACCAUGAGUUUUGGUGCAAGUGGCUCGUUAAGAUUUGAUGUGGGAAAUCAUGGAAGGGAUCAAGGGAUUUUCUGGCAAGCAGGGUCACAGAAGAAGCCUGCUAAAAAGUUUGGAUACAAAAAGAAAGAAAUGAAAUACCCUUUGAGAAAGAUUGGUCCUGCUGAAACUGUUGUGGAGCAUAAUGAGGUAAAAAACAACCAACAGAAUAAAAGUCACAGGAAGAAUUUUGUGAGGAAGAAUAAAGAAAAUGCGUCUAACUUGAUGCGAACAAAGGAUGGAAUCUCCAAGGAAAAUGGUGGAUAUUAUACACUCACGCACAAGCAAUUAAAUGCCAUUCUCCAGUCUGUGGGAAAAAUUGCCUCAUUGCGAGGAGAAGGUGUAAAUAUUGCCAUAGACGAAACAUUGGCAUUACAGGAUAAAGUUUCAGAUCCCCUGACAAAUGAACUAAAGAUUGAUCCAACAGAAGUUACUGACUCUGGAAAUGAUGAAAAUAAAGAACAGGUGAAGGAGAGUGAAACCUUUGAUGCCACAAAGGAAGGUUCUGAACAUGGCGAGGCUGGGGAAUGUAACUCAGGUGAGGUCGUCAAAGAAGUGGAGAGUCCCCGACUGGCGAAGACUGAAAUGCACAAUAGUAAACAGUCAGAGGAUCAAACCACAGCCAGAAGUGAAACGAAAAGCAGGAAGACAAGAAAGCAAAAGCAAAAAGUGUCAGAAGAAGCCAGAGAGAAAGAAAACCAAAUCACUGAGGCUGAGGUAUCAAAAGUUGAAGAGAAUCAGACUGAGCAUAGAUUUUCCCCACCCCCAAUUCCCAGGUCUCACAUGACAAAGGCAGAGAAACUCCGCCAGGAGAUGAGACAGAAUCAAGACAAGAAUGAGAGUGUAAGAGGCCUGAGACAGAGUUCUGAUGACCCAACUCAGAAAGCCGAGGUCAGUAAGGUGGAGAAGCGCCGGGACAGAAAUCCCCUUACAAACAGCAGAGAUGAGACCUCCCCUAUAAAGUUUCACAUUCCUCCCCUCAUUCCAAAGGCUCACCUCACAAUGGCCGAGAAAAAAAGGCUGCAGUGGGAAAUAGAGAGAGGUGAGACUAUCAAUACUCCCCCAAGCACAAAGAAAACUACUUCAUCAGCAGACAAAGUGACACCCAGGGAAGAAAAGUCAAAGGAAAAAGAAAAUGAUGACAGGAAAACUGUGGACCAGAAGGAUAAUAGCUUAGGUGGAAGUGAACCACUAAAGAUGCUGAUUCCGAAGGCCCAUCUUUCGCAGGCUGAAAGGAAACGACUUCAGUGGGAGUUGGAAAAAGCUGAACAGAAGAGUGUGGUCAGCUAUGACCCUUGGGGCCGACCUGGUGCAGGAGCCCCUAUCCGAACCAACUCUGGGAAACCACUGGCUGACUACAAGUCCAGAAAGGAGCAAGCCCUAAGGCUAUCCUUGGAGGCCAGACAGGAGCCUCAGCCAGCCUCCACCAAUCCAUCCCAGGCUCCCCAAUCACCAGACUCACAAAGCCCCUCCAAGAUGAUGGCUAACCAAAGCCAUUGGACUGAACCAGCAGCAAUGAGAAGCUCAUUUGCUAUUGGGUUCAUUGCCCCAAAUGAAGAACGGUUCAAAUCAACAAAAGAGGAAGAGCGUAGAAAAUGGCUGGAGGACUUAGAGAAGCAGAGAGAAGAGAGGCGACUUCAGAAAUUAGCUGAGAAGGAGAAGGAUCGUCAGUAUUUUCAGGAGACCUGGGCUGACAAACUAACCCAUGAGCCUCAUCCCCCUGCACCCCUCCCAGACCAAACGGCCAGCCUCACCCCAAGGACAGACUACCCCCAUACUCAGCCUGCCACUGUUCUCACUCCCAGGGUAGGAAGUGCUCCGCAGGCUACUACAUCAGGCUUUAAUGACAGUAAGAACUACACUCGAGGUCAAGGCUCUUUGCUUGACCCGUCGACCAUUAAGGAGAUGGAGGAGAAAAGAAGGAGACAUUUAGAGCACCAGGCUGCAGUAUUAGCCCAAGUAGAAGAGAACCAGAAGCUCAAACGGUUGGAGAGAGAAAGAAAAAUACAGGAAGAAUUGGAAGAAGAGAGAAAACUACAGCAAGAACGAGACGUGUUACAAAAUCAGUACAAAGAGGAACAGAAGAAAUCUAGAUUAAAAGAGGAAGCAAGACAACGACGCUUGCUAGAGCUAAAAAAUGCUAUGGAUGAAGCUCACUACAACGCACAGCAGGAAAAACAUAUGAAGCGAAUGCAGCACCUUCAACAAGGAGGUCAUGACAUCAAACGAUUGCAGGCGACUAUUGAAGACCCUAUUGUUGAUUUACACCAAUCAGAAGCUGGCUUACUUAACGCCAACUUGACACCACGCCCAACUGCAAGGCAUGUGGAGCCAACCUCUGUCCCAGGCCUGGACUUGACUCCCCGACUGUGGCACCCGUCACAGGAGACCACAGAUCCUGCCCCUGCCCCUUCCCCAGCACCUCCCCCUGUUGGCCAAGAACCACUGCCAGCACAAACACAGCAUAAGACAGCAGUAGAAAGGUAUCACCAUGAGCCAUACACAGAGAAUCGUGUGCUGACCCCCAGUCUGUAUCGCAAGCCUGUAGCAGACCCGCUGUCCCCAAGAAGGGAUUUCUCCACACAAACAGACUUUAAUCUCUUGAAGGAGGAUGUAACACGGCAGAAUAGUGAGGUGUCUAUUGUCUAUAAGGAAAAGAAACAACCUGCUCAGAAUAAGAAGGUUCGUGUGAAAAGUGCUGAUAAAAAUGUUGACAGCAAUCUGGAUAAACAAAACAAAAAACCACCCAUGGGGAAGAAGGGGCCGCUAAAAAUCAGUGAGAGGCCCAAAUGGGGCACUCAGAAUCAAAAACAAGCCAAGAACAAGAAGCAGUCUGAAAGAGAUCCGUUUUACCAGCGGAAGAUUGAGGAGAGACGUGAGAGGCGUGCAAGACGAGAGAGGGAGCUUCUGGCUUCGGUAGAGGCGAACAAGCGGAUGAUACCAGGAGAAAAGGGCACAGGGCACAGAGAGGAGAGAGUGGAACACGUGGGCGGGUCUAAUCGUGCUUAUCAUGACAAGGAUGAUCUAUUUCAUGGGACAGACAGAAGUGGGCAGUAUGACAGGCUAGAGGGCAUGAGAAGACAAACCCAGUCGCCACCUAUGGGACGGACGAGAGACAGAUCUCCCACCACCAAUUACCGUGGCGACAGUCGGACCACUGUCAUCACCACCCAUGCACACUCCCCCCCUAUACCUGCCCUGCGUCACAAAAUGGACAUCUGGAAAGACUCGCAGGAUUUUGUGAAUGAUUACCAGUUGGAAACCCACAGUUACAAUAAUUACCAUUCGUCACAGCCUGGUCAGACCCAGGUCAAGCCCUCAAACUCUCAUUAUCAGGAUGACCCGUUUGAAGAUGCCCCAUUUGAGCCAAGUGAUUUCAUUCCUUUCACAAGGACAAGUGAGGUUUUAGACCCGGGUAGGGCGGCAGUCCCGGUUAUUGUGUCCAGAGAAAGCAGUGCAGUGACCAGGGCACGCAACGAAUACCACAAAGGGCAACAACCUGGUCACCAUGGUAACCAAAUGGAAUACUACGAUGACAAGAAAUAUCAGAUAUUGACGCCAGUACAGAAGGAUCCAAUAUUAAACCCUAACGUUGUGAAGGGUCACCCGACUCCAAGGCAGGACUUGAUUCUUCAGCAGCUGUCUCAUCUCAAACUGAAUUUAAUGCAGCGACAACGUGAAUUAGAGACAUGUAUGUCCCCAAGUGACCUGACUCAGCCCUGAGACAUGAGCCUGUAGGUGAUGUGCGAGAGCCUGAAGAAGAGCGAUGUGUUGCGACAUAGAGCAUCUUAGGAAGCUGUGCAUUGUGGCGAAGAGCCUGUAAAAGACUGAAGAAGAGCGAUGUGUUGUGCCAUGGUGCCUUUAGGGGAGACAAGCAUUAAGCUAAAGAGAUAAUUGAGGAUCAGUGUAUUUUGGCAAGGAAUGUGUAGGAGAGCAGUGUGUUGUAAUAUGGAGCCUUGAGGAGAGCUGUCGCAUCAGAUGGAUCCUGGAGGAGAUCUGUACAUUUUGGCAUGGAGCCUGUUUGAGAGUAUGCAUCGUGGUAUCACCCUUGGUUCAGGGAUAUGAUAAAGAAUACAAUGUCUCCAUGAACCUGUAUCUUGAGAUGCCAUGGCAGCUAAAUUUUGUACCAGAUGUUGUAUGUUCCCAUCAGACAGUAAUUAUAAAAUAUGUACAAGAAGCCACCAAAAGAAAUUAUUCCUUUAGAUCUCUAUUUUUUCAACGCAGUUGCAAAGCGAUGUCAUAUCCAUUUUUUUUUCUGUAGAUCUCAAAGCACUAGAUUUGAGUCCUGUGAUUUAGAUAUGAUGACAAUCCACUCAUUUUCUUCACACAAACUAAAGUUGUUGAUGUGUUGGGCUUCCCAAAGUAUCAGUUUUUAUUUCCAUCUGUACCCUCAAGUUUUCAAAAUAAUCUCAAACAUUUGUGACAGGAUAUGCCUGUAAACUUCAUUGUUUUCUCACUAUGUUAUGUAAGUAACAUUUGGAAUUUUACGGCUGUGUGAAAUGGUGUGCAUGUUUGAUAUGUGGAACUGGAUAUGAAAACAGUGAUUGAUCAAAACAGUCAGUGGGAAUGUGAUGUGAUAGAAUCUAUAUUUGUACUGGUAUAUUACGAUAUUCAAUAAUACUAGAUACAGUGAGACUGGUAUUGCUUUUGGCACUGGCUGGUUAUAGUGUUGAUUAUAUCCAUGUGUACUCCUUUGGAAUCAUUGUUCACGCCAUUCUUCCUUUGUAGAUGUGUACAUGUAUUUGUGACUUUUGACGCUGAAUAUAAU